AUGACUUUUGCAGUGAAUUGUCUCAGGAUCUUGUCAGUAAUCAUCACCCUGGCUUCACCGUAAGGGUUGACACAUUCCUUCCAGGCUCUCACAACUAUAAAACCGUUAGUCCUUGUCUCGUGGUAGUUAUGUAAAGACAUCACAUGGACGUCACUGCUUUUCUAAAUUAGAGUAGUUAAUCAGAGGAAUCUCUUUUUCUUUUGCAGGGCCUACUUUAGUGUGUGAAUACAGGUGCAGUAAAGUGGGAAGAAAACAGCACAGAAAGUGGUUCUGGUAGCUAGUACUUUACACCUGCACAGUCCCCCCUUCAUUUCCUUGCCAAGAAAAAGGCUAUGGAGAAAACAAAUUGUUGUUGUGGCCAACCAGAAAGGCUGUGGAAAUUCAUCAAUCGUACCCAAUACAGAAUACUAGCCAUUUCUGUGAAAAACAAGGGCAAUAGUACUCCACGCCAUCCAUUCAUGAUAUCCCAUUACAUAGAAAUUGUCAUGUAAACAGCUGUACUGACGAGGAACAGGCCCCACUACGAAAUUUUGAAGUGGUUGAAUAGAGAAAUUCUGAGUGUUUCAUAUAUGCAAAAGGGACUAAUAACAAUCAGAAAUUCAGGAGAAUUUUAAUAGAAAAGUUCUGAAGGGCAUUCACAAAUACUAUCUUCAAAGAAUUGUUCGGGUGUUGUUCACACAUGAACUCAGGAUGCAGAAAAAUCGCGGAGACAGCUUUGAAGUACAACAGACAGAGCAACUAGAUCAGGAAUUCUCUGAGAUACAGGCUGCUGAAGAGAAGGCUUGUAUUUUUAUCAAUGAUAACAAGAGGAUACCCAAAUACAUUGAUGAAAGACCAUCCAGUUAUCACCUAAUGAAUGGACAGAAGUUGGCUUUUCAAUGCAAAAAGAAAUGUGGUAUAUUUCAUAUUCCUAGGAGUUCCUACUUAUAUGAGAAUGUUAGGGAGGUUCCAUAUACUUCUAACCAGGGAGAAGAACAGUCGCAUGAAUCUGAGAGAAGUGAAACAUGUAAGCAUCAAACAAGAUAUGCCCGAGGAAAUAAUACCAAGGCACUGCAGAGAACAGAAAAGCAGCUCAAUCAGAAAAGCUACGGACUGCCCACUUAUUCAGUCUCUAACAAAUGUCACGAGUCUUCAGCAGAGACUCUGAAAGAUAAAACCAAUGCUGAAGUCAUCAACAAAACCAUCGCUGCAGCUUCUCAUUCUAAUUCGGUAACAUGGAGAGCACAAGAGCCAAUAGAGAUAGAAAAUAAAUAUGAAGCAUCAAAGCGAGAACUUGACCAGCUGAAGCAAAAUUUUCAGGAGUUUAUUAGACAGUUUGAUCCUACAGAGUCACAAUGUGUAACUAAGAGGGAAAAUUCAACACAAGUUCUUUCAGUGUUGAUGAAUGAAAAGGACAUGUCAUCGUCAUCAGAUAAUUAUAACAAGGCUACAGAUGCACGGUCUCUUCCGUCUAAACACGAGAUGACACACAUUUCUUGGCCCAUUGAAAACAAGAGGGAUCAAUUGAGUGCAUAUGAAUUGAAGCAUUCAGACCCAAAGCAUGAAACUGCAAUGGGAAUAACUCUGCAUAAGCUGCCAUGCAAAGCACAGGCAAACCUUGAAUCAUAUUCUUCCAAUGUUUCAGAAGCAAAUAUAGAUAGCCAGCAGGUGGAGCUAGGACUUCCACAAUCAGAAUUCAGCAUUAUUGAUCGACGCAACUUUCAAAAAAAACAUGCUCCAAAUAAUGAGUCAAAAAGAUUAAAGAUAAUGUAUAGGGAGAAGGAAGAAGGUGAUUAUUCCAAAGAGGGAUUCUCUGUAUCUGGAUUUGCAAAUGAAAUUACAGGAACCAAUUUAUCAUCUGUAGAAAAAUAUGAAAACCCAACUAUGCCAGAAACAAAAUUCGAGCAGAAGAAAUAUCAAAGGCAAGCUUCUACAUUAGAGGAAGAAUCUUUAGAAGACUUGGAAAACAGUCUCAAACUACUAGAAGGUGAAAAAGACAAGCUCAAUAAAUCUUUUGAAAGAAUGCAAACAGAUGAAGCAGCUAUGGGCAGAAACAGAAUUCCUCCAGUGCCAACAAAUGACAGUUUGGAGGCCUAUUAUCUUCAGAAUUACAUGUGUGUUUAUCAAUCUCCAAUUUUUGAACACACAUCAUUAAAUUCAGGGCCUCUAGAAGAUACCAAAUCCAUUGAAAUGCUCUAUCCAUCAAAAUGGGAUAUUCACCAUUGUAAAUCUUUAAAUAGUUGCUUGAGUACCAAAGAUAAGAAAGAUGCUGAAAUUGCCGAGCUAAAUUCAGAACUCAAAAUUCUUAAGACUCGACUAUGUACAACUUGCCAGAUUCAGUUGAAAAUGGAAGAUGACUUAAAGGAAAAUCUUUCAAAAAAUAAAUAUAGAGCUCUUUCUCUGGAAACUGCUAUAGAAGAAAAGGAGAAUCAGAUAAAAGAUUUGAAACAGCAUAUUCUUGAUAUGCAGGAUGAGAAAGACAAUAUAUUACUAGGGAACAUUAAACUCUUGUGUAAAGCACAAGAAGCUAAAAAUGAGGCAUGGAAACAUAAUAGACAUGUUGCUGACUACAUCACUAUAAAUGAUAAGCUUCUAGUACUGGCUCAAAGAAAAGAAGAGGAGGUGAAUCUUCUAGCUGAGCAAGUGACAAGAUUGCACAUGACACUCUCUAAAACUACAGAAGAAAAUAACUAUCUGUCUAAAACACUAAAAGCACUAAGAAAUGAAAUGUCUGAUCUUAGAGAGCAAAACAAUAUACUUAAAAACCAUAAUGAUCUUAUGACUUUGAAACUUCAGAAUAAUGAGGUGGUGCUUCUAAAACGGGAAGAAUCAUUGUAUAAGAUUUCCAUACAGUUAGCAGGUGUUGUUGAAAACCAAGAUUCACUUUUGGCAGAGUCUAAAGACUUGUGGAGACGACUGCAAGAUGCCAAGUACAGACAGAUUCAUAUUGAGACUGAGUUAAUAAACUCAAAUAAUGUGAUAAGUGAUUUGAAAGAGAAGAUAAGUUACAGGGACAAUGAAAUAUCUGGACUAAGGGCUGAAUUGAAAGAGAUCAUGAAGCAGAAUAUUUUGCUUGAGCAAACAAAAGAAGCUAAAGACAAGGACCUCACAACUUUGCAGAGCAAACUGUCUAACCUAUGGCAUAAAGUUGAGGCCUUAGAAGAGGAGGUUUUGAUAAAAGAAGGACAAAUUGCCAUAUUGAAGGGAUCAUUUUCUGAAGAAGAGUAUUGAUUGUCCAUCCUAAUGAUGUUCCUUUGGGCUGAUCAUGCACAAGAUACCAUAUAUUUGCCAUUGGAUCAGCUCUUUCUUGUAGUAUGAAUUUUCUGAAAAUUCCAAAAGAAAAAAUGAGAAAGAAAGUACAUUACUAUCCUUGAGUGACAGGACAUUACAGUAUUUAUCAGUAAAGAAAGGGAGUGUGUAAGGCAUCUACAAUUCAACAAUGCUGGCACCUUACAUGAUUAAUGAAAACGGUGUGGUUGUUGGGUUGUCUUCAUGGCAUGUCUUAGAAGGAGCAAGCUAUUAGAAUUUGAAUUUAUCAGUAUCAAGUUUUGUUCUCAGUUGCAUAAAGCAUGGCCAAAAUGAGAAUUUGUUGAGCUCACAUAAACUUCCACAGAAAAGGCAUCCAGAGGGUUUUUCAUUGUUAAGCACAAGUUAAAAUCCUCAAUUAUUAUCUGUAAAUUCUAGUCAAAAACAUCACAAAGUUUGUGGAUUUGAAUGGCUAGUUGAAUUCCCAUGGAGACUUAAAAGAGUGAUCAUUCUAAAUCUCAAGCCUGUAGUUUCCACAAAUGCCUGGAUGGCAAAUCAGGCUAGGAGGAUUUGUUAUAAUCAGGAUAGAACAUAAUGGUAUCGGAACAUUUUUCUUUAGAUGAUUGUCAUACUGAAAAACACAGAAUUCCUGGCGAGUUUGUAAUCUCACUGUUUCAUUGUCACUGUUAGAUUGAUGUGCUGCACAAUGAGGAACUACCUUCUUACUGUCAAAUUUGCUUGACUUCUAAGAAGGAUGGCCCUGCCUUGUAUUUGAUGGAGCAAGUCUGAGUUAAAGGUUAUCAUGAGCUCCCCAAUACCCUAUCAGGAGCACCAAAUGUUGUAUUUAUGGAUAUGGUCCUCUGUUCUUGUUUCUCUCCUGUGAACAAUCUUUUUUCUAAACAUGCAGCGUGUAUGAUAGUACAUUGAUAUUCAGAAAAGAACCUAUUAGAAAGGUCAGAAGCUUUUACCAUUCAUGGACACACAUGAACCUCAGUCACAAGAAAUACUUUAUUUGCAAAUACAUAGAUACGUUAUAUAAAAUAAAUUUGGUUA